UCUUGCAACGGUCACACUGCAUGCAGUAAACAGAGAUUUUAUCGUUAGGAAAAGUGGUGAAUUAAUGGUAAAAAGCGCAUAAAACCAGGCCAAUAAAAGUGUCUGGAUGAGCCAAGAACCAGUGCGCCCCUACCAAUUAGCACAGGCGACCCAAAUUACGACGAACGUUUUCGUUUUCUAAUUACGCAUUCCAAGCAUGGACGAGGCGAACAUACAGGACAAGGAGCGGUUCGCCAGCCGCGAGAAUCACUGCGAGAUCGAGCGUCGUCGCCGCAACAAGAUGACGGCCUACAUCACGGAACUCUCGGACAUGGUUCCCACCUGCAGUGCCCUGGCUAGAAAGCCGGACAAACUGACCAUCCUCCGCAUGGCGGUGGCUCACAUGAAGGCUCUGCGUGGCACUGGGAACACCAGCAGCGAUGGCACCUAUAAACCAUCCUUCCUUACGGAUCAGGAGCUGAAGCAUCUCAUUCUGGAGGCAGCCGAUGGGUUCCUAUUCGUUGUAUCCUGCGAUUCGGGUAGGGUCAUCUAUGUCUCGGACUCAGUGACUCCCGUGCUGAACUACACUCAGAGCGAUUGGUACGGCACCAGUCUGUACGAGCACAUUCACCCCGAUGACCGCGAGAAGAUCCGCGAGCAGCUGUCCACGCAGGAGUCGCAGAAUGCUGGCCGCAUCCUGGACCUCAAGUCGGGCACUGUCAAAAAGGAGGGUCACCAGUCCAGCAUGCGCUUGAGCAUGGGAGCCCGACGUGGUUUCAUCUGUCGCAUGCGCGUGGGCAAUGUGAACCCAGAGUCGAUGGUCUCCGGCCAUUUGAACCGCCUCAAGCAGCGGAACUCACUGGGACCCUCUAGGGAUGGCACCAACUACGCUGUGGUACAUUGUACCGGCUACAUAAAGAACUGGCCGCCCACCGACAUGUUCCCCAACAUGCACAUGGAGCGCGAUGUGGACGACAUGAGCUCACACUGCUGCCUGGUGGCCAUUGGUCGACUGCAGGUCACCUCUACGGCCGCGAACGACAUGAGUGGCUCGAACAAUCAGAGUGAGUUCAUCACACGCCACGCCAUGGAUGGCAAGUUCACAUUUGUGGAUCAGCGGGUCCUGAACAUAUUGGGUUACACGCCCACUGAGCUGCUGGGCAAGAUAUGCUACGACUUCUUCCACCCCGAAGACCAGAGCCACAUGAAGGAAAGCUUUGAUCAGGUGCUCAAGCAGAAAGGGCAAAUGUUCUCGCUUUUGUACAGAGCCAGGGCUAAGAAUUCGGAGUAUGUGUGGCUGCGGACGCAGGCCUAUGCAUUCCUGAAUCCCUACACCGACGAAGUGGAGUACAUUGUGUGCACCAAUAGCUCCGGCAAGACCAUGCAUGGUGCUCCCUUGGAUGCAGCUGCUGCCCAUACGCCCGAGCAAGUGCAGCAACAGCAGCAGCAGGAGCAGCAUGUGUAUGUGCAGGCUGCCCCGGGUGUGGACUAUGCCCGCCGGGAGCUGACCCCGGUGGGUAGUGCCACCAACGAUGGCAUGUACCAGACGCACAUGCUCGCCAUGCAAGCUCCAACGCCCCAACAACAGCAGCAACAACAGCAACAGCGGCCGGGAUCGGCGCAAACCACACCAGUGGGCUACACCUAUGACACCACACAUUCGCCGUACAGCGCUGGAGGACCCUCGCCGCUGGCCAAGAUUCCCAAGUCGGGUGCCUCGCCCACACCGGUGGCACCCAACUCCUGGGCAGCCCUGCGCCCACAGCAGCAGCAGCAACAACAGCAGCAGCAGCAGCCCGUGACCGAGGGUUAUCAGUACCAGCAGACGAGUCCGGCCAGGUCGCCUAGUGGUCCAACCUACACCCAACUGAGUGCCGGCAACGGAAAUCGCCAGCAGCAGCCGCAGCCGGGAGCAUAUCAGGCGGCUCCUCCGCCACCGCCACCCAAUGCGCCGGGAAUGUGGGACUGGCAGCAAGGCGGAGGACACCCACAUCCGCCGCAUCCAUCGGCCCAUCCGCACCAUCCACACGCCCAUCCCGGCGGACCGGGCGGAGCAGGACAGCCGCAGGGUCAAGAGUUCUCGGACAUGCUGCAGAUGCUGGACCACAGUGCGCCGACCACGUUCGAGGACCUAAACAUCAACAUGUUCAGCACGCCGUUUGAGUAUCAGCUUGAGCAUCUGCAGAGCAAAUACAUCGGCACAGGGCACGCCGAUACCACCAAGUUCGAGUGGCUGACCAACCAACAUCGCGACUCUUUGGCCAGCUACAUGGGUCACUACGACAUCCUUAACUACUUUGCCAUUGCGGAAAACGAGUCGAAGGCACGGAACCUGCAAAUAGCCCGAAGUCGAAAAGCAGACCAAUCUUCAGCGGGAGACGCUCCUACUGAACGCUUGGAAGUGGAAGCGAAGCUUAGUGCCCGCUGCCGAAUAAUGAGUCGACAUGAAGGUGUCAGCUGCGAUUCAUGUCUCAAAAGCAACUUCAACGGACGGCGCUACAAGUGCUUGAUCUGCUAUGACUACGACCUGUGCGCCGACUGCUACGAGGAUGGAGUCACCUCCACGCGCCACCUGGUCGAGCAUCCCAUGCAGUGCAUCCUUACCCGCUCCGACAUCGAGCUGUACUUCGGCGGCGAGAUGCUAACCUCGGACCAGCCGCAGAGCUUCACCUGUCCCUACUGCAAAAAGAUGGGCUUCAGCGACGCCACCCUGCUGGAGCACGUCUCCGCCGAGCACACGGAGACCAGUCUGGAGGUGGUCUGCCCGGUCUGUGCCGGCCUGCCGGGCGGCGAGCCGAAUCUAGUCACAGAUGACUUUGCAGGUCACCUCACCCUGGAGCAUCGCCAGGGACCGCGCGAGCUGAUUUCCUUUCUAGACGAGCCCUCGGCCAUCCGUCAUGGCGGUGGAGUGCGUCGCAUCCCAGGACGCACUCUCGGCGGACCACGAACGCGCCGCUCCAACAUGCACUUCAGCUCGUCGAGCGGUCUGUCGGCCUUGUCGCCCUCGGGACGGGAAUCGGUGGAUCCUAUCGCGGAACUGUUGUCGCAGCUUUCGGGCGUGCGGCGGGGCGGACCGCCCACAUCGCAGCUGCAGCAGCUACAGAUGCAGAUGCAGUUGGAUCGCCAGCAGGUGACGGCAUCGCGCCAAAUCGAUCGGCUGCCAAGGCGUGCGCAUCCCAUAGUCUCAACAUCGAACUCGAAUGCCGCCAUGGCCGAGGUGAUCAGCGGUGGAGCAGGCGGCGGCGGCAGCGGCAGCGGAGGCAGUGGCGCAGUUGGAAGCGGCAGUGGCGGCGGCAGCGGGGGCACCGCUCCGCCCAACCUGCGCACUACCGAGUGGCCAGUGACAGCAAGCUUCUCGACAUCGGCCAGCAAUCAUUCGCAGACUCAGUCGAGUCUGGCCGCCAACAGCCUCAAUGCCAGAGAAGCGAUCGGAACGGGCAGCAGCGGCGGAGCCAACAAUGCCCUGGGAAUCAGCGUGGGUGUCGGUGGAGCUGCCAACGGCAACUGCGGAGCAGGUGCAGCCGGAGCUGCAGCAGGAGGCAGUGGCCAGGCGGUUGGCCAGGGUGGUGCGGCAGCUGGCGAGUCCCUCUUGCUGGCCCAAUUCAUGCAGCCCACCCUCUCCGAGGCCGAGUGGGCGAUCGUGGAGAGCAUGCGGGCAGAUCGGUCCAUGUUCGUGCAGUCGCUGAUGCUAUCGAUGCUCUGCAAUGAGGCGCUCGACUUGAAUGCCUCCGACGAGAGCCGGGCCAAGAGUGAUAAUGUAAAUAAGGGGCAACAGCAGCAGGAGGAAGCCGAGGCCGAUGCGCAGAAUGCGGAGACACUGCUAAACAACAAUGCCGAUGUGGAGCAGCAGCAGCAGCCACAGCCGGCGAUGGUGCGACAGGUGAAUCAAAUGCAACAAACCUCGCCGGAGGACUUUGUGUGCGACGAGUAUCGCUAUAAAAACAAAAAGGCAAACACAACACAAUCGAGCGGAACAGCAGGAGGAGGUGGCGGAGGAGUAGGAGGAUUAGGAUUAGGAGUGGGUGGAGUGAGCGGAGGAGGUUUGGGGGGAGCUGGAGGAGCCACUGCAGCCCCGGGAGGGGGUGCUAGCGGAGCUGGCACUAAGCCAACAGCUGACAGAGGCAUCGAGAGACGCGGCGGUCGUCCACCGCCAGCGGAGAUGGCCACGGGCUCGCAGCAGCCACAACAGCAGCAGCAGCAGUCCAACACGGCCACUCCGGCGGCGUCCCAGCAGAAAUACAAACAGAACGCUAAUGCAGCGGCGACGGCGGCGGCAAACACAAAUCAAAUUCCCGACUCUAGGUAGUGCCUCUGAUGAUCACCAUGAUCACCACGAAUUGCAUCAACAACAACAACAGUAACAACAACCACACCCAAUGCUGCAGCCACAACAAAUCUAUCACCACCACGAACACAGCAACAGCAAUGGAGCGUCUGCUUCUUGAGCAGAAGUAGGAGCUGAAUUCGAAACAACAGCAGAUGGAACUACAACAAACACAGCCGUUAAUGUAACAACCGGAGUGGGGGAUAGCUGCUGCUCUGGAGGAAUCCGAUUCGUUUUAAGCAGUUGCGCUGACGCAACCGCCGCAGCAAUUUCGUCAAAAGGAAAACUAUAUUAUGUAUCGUUUAUUAAAUAUAUUAAAAUUUA